CUGCCCCCGCCAAGCCCCUCGAGGAGCCCGCCCAGGGCUAUAUAAACACGGAGCCGCCCGCUCAACCGCCCAUCCAGCCCCGGGCGCCGAGAGCAGAGAGCUGGCAUGGCCCCAUCCGUCACCCCCCUGCUCCUGCUGCUGGGUCUGGCCAAACUGGUCAGCCCGGCCUCCUCCAGCAACUCCUACCUGUGCUCUUCCCUUCUGCUUCCCGACAACGGCAACAUCAGCAUCUCCGCCCAGCCCAACUCCUACCUGGCCAACACCAGCUACCAGGUGACCGUGUCCUGGACCCAGGACCUCCAAGUGGUGAUCCUGCUGGCGCUCGACGCCAGCAACGCCUCGGUGGGAGUGUGGCAGGGUGUCAACCUGGACUGUAAUGGCAGCUUGCUCAUGCCCAUCAACGGCAGUGCCAGCACUUCGCUGUUCAACGCCUCCUGGACAUCCCCCAACAUCUUGGACAUCCAGACGGUGCAGCUGCGGGCUGUCGGCAUCAAUUUAGAUAACUCAACUUCCAUCUCAUCGCUGUACCUGACAGAUAACUCAACAACCACAGCAUCUGCCACAGUCACAAUCCCCACAGUCACGUCCCUGGGGACCACCAGAAACGCCGCCUUCGUGGCCCUCACUAGCCCGGGGCUCGUGGCCCUCCAGUUCCUGCUGGCCUGGCUGACCUACCGGCUGCUCACCUAGGGACUUUGUUAUACUGCCCCGCAUCGUCCCCCACCCCAACCUCGACCGCCUCCUCCAGCCGCCCUCCUGAGCCAGGACAAAGCAUAUGAUGGGAUCCCCCACCCAACUGCCUCCCACGCCCGACAUCCAUCCAACCGGGAUCCCAGAAACCCCCAAGCAGGAAUUCUCGGGCCCAAAUAUUAAUGAUUUUCCUCCCGGCCUCUGCCGCCUGGGUAGAAGGAGCUGUGUUUCCUCAGAUUUUUCCUCUAGAGGUGAUUCCUCUAGACUCUACACUCAUCCUCUAGACUGUAAGCUCAUUGUGUGCAGGGAAUGUGUCUGUUUAUUGUUCUAUUGUACUCUCCCAGAUGCUUAGUAAAGCGCUCGAUAAAUACGAUUGAAUGAAUGAAUGAAAGGUUAUCCGGGCGGCCACAGGGAUAGGGCCUGAGAGAGCACUUCCUGGCCUAGGUACCACCAGAAUUCCACGACUGUGUCUGCAGGCUCCGGGAGGGGGGCAGAAGCUAGGCGAGACCAGAACUCGGCCCUGCUUGGGCUCGGUCCCUGCUUCUGUUGGUGCUGAGCCGGUUCUGCUGGAGAGCAGUAGAUGGAGAGAGGGCAAAGAGAGCCCAGACCAGAUUCCUUUCCAUUGCCCAUAGAUGCCACAUCCCUCAGAAAGCCAUCAAUGAACCAGCCAACUUUGCAGAGCAACUUACUGUCAGGUGGCUGGGCAUUACAAGUUGGACAUAUCUAAAAUUCACCCGGGAUCAACAAUGUCUUGGCUAAACCCAAGGGCAGCAUGAUUUCCACUUUCAACCCUAAACUACAAGCUGGCCAUUUCUUCCCAACAAAUUCAUUUAGAAGGAAUGGGGUGGACGGUAUUUAAGCUAGGAAGGAAUGGUGUUCCUAGCCCAAAUGAGCCAGCGGCCAACGCCUCUACUCCGCUUGAUAAAUCAAGGUUUAGACAUAGACUGUAAGCUCUUUGAGAGCAUGAAUCAUGUCUUCUAACUCUCUUGCACUCUCCCAAGCGCUCAGUAAAGUGCUCUUCCCAAAGCAGGUGCUCAUUAAACACUGUUGAUUAACUAUAA